AUGACAAAAUGCAACUAUUACAAAUCUGUUCUUGGAGCCAAUCCAAGAAAUGUGACUACAAAUUUGAAGAAUCAUGUGCUCCACUAUUGUAAAAGGAUCAAAUUAGCAAACUCUAGGCAAUCAACAAUUGCUAAACAUACAAGGAGUGAUGCGGAUGCUUUUGUAUUUGAUCCAUCUUAUACAAGAAGGUGUAUUGCCAAGGCCAUUUGUAUACAUGAGUACCCUUUAUCUUUUGUGAAACAUGUUGGAAUAAAAGAAGUAUAUGCAUCAAUACAACCAAUUUUUAAGGUGCCUAGCCGAAACACAAUCAAGAAAGAAAUUUUUGAAAUAUAUGAGUUGGAGAAGCUUAACAUGACUAAGCUAAUGGAUGAAAAUGAUAGUCGAGUAGCAGUUAAAACCGACAUGUGGACUUUCAACCAAGAAAAAGGAUACUUAAUUGUCAAGGCACACUACAUUGAUAGUUCAUAG